AUGGGGAGGCUAGUCGGAUUCACCGACCAUAGCCUAUGGCCGCUAGGCACAAUUCACCUUCCCCUGACCUUAACUAGCCACGAUAGGCAGCAAAAGAAAACCCCCCCGGUUGACAUUGUGGUCAUUCGGCAUGCGGCGGAACACAAUAUCAUUCUGGGGAGUAUAGCCCUCUUAAAGCUAGGGGUGGUCCCAUCAACCAUUCAUGGAGUCAUGAAGUUCGACACUCCAACAGGCGUAGCUACAGUACUAGCCACUCCACCUAAAGAAUUGCAAUGCUUUACAAUCAUGAAACCAGUAAAGAUAACUAAAGAGGCCAAGAGGCUGAGACAUGACCCUGUAAAAGGAAAGGAGGUGAUCAACGAGAGACACCCUGACCAGCCAGUUAGUAUUGGAUGUGAUAUCUCGAAUCACAUAAGAAGAGCGUUGGUCGAUUUGCUCAAGCGGUAUAAGCACGUGUUUGCAUGGACCUCUACGGACAUGGUGGGGGUAGAAAGGGAAGUCAUUGAGCACAAACUUGUAAUUAAACCAGGAGCAAAGGAGGUUAAGCAGAAGAAAAGGGUCCAAGGUGGGGACCGUAAUAGGAAAAUCAACGCAGAGGUGGCCAAACUAGUGGAAGCAGGAAUAGUAAGGGAAGCAAUAUUCCCGACGUGGAUCGCCAACCCAGUUAUGGUCCGCAAGCAAGAUGGGUCAUGGAGAAUGUGCAUAGAAUUUUUCGACUUGAACAAAGCAUGCCCUAAAGACUGUUACCCCUCCCGGAAAUUGACCAUAAGGUAG